AUCUGUGAAGAUUAAAAGCUACCCUUGACUGCUACCACUGUCACUGCGCCGGGUAGGGUAUAUCCUUAGGAGCUAUAUUAGGCAGGCGGUUUGGCUAUCGGCAGAACCAGUAGAAUAUUCAGCAUCCUACAAGCGUCCUUCGGAAAACCUAAAAUCACAAGCAACGUCAAAUAUGGGACUAUUGCACACCCUCACAAUUUGCAUCUGUCUCCUGGCAACGAUUGGGUCGGUCGCGAAAGGAAAGGAUGUCAAACGCAGACAUCACGAAAAUAAUGCCUUGCGCGAUGGUGGCUCGGUACAGUCAGGUAUUUGGACACCAGAGAAACCGAGACGACUCUUUGCCAGAGCCAGAUUUGACUUUCAGCAAAGGCAGCAAGUGACGAGACCCAGAUCGAGGACUGUGGCUGCCGUCACUGCCCAAGUUGCUGCAGCAAAAGCUGGUGGUGUCGCUCCGCCGGUGGUUCCAGCGGCUCCGGCGGCCCGUGUUGCUGGGCCGGCCACUGUUCCUGGUGCUAAGCCUGCCCCAGUGGUGGCGCGACGCUGCCCAGGACUGAUGGAGCCCUGCUCCCCCCACAUGCCCUGCUGCGACCCCUGUGCCUCCUGCCACUGCCGCCUCUUCAACACCAUCUGCCACUGCUGGAGGAUGAGCCACUUCUGCCCCAAGAAGACCUGAGUGCAGGGAGGAGCUUGCCUCCAUCAGUGCUUAUGCAUCUUGUGCAGUUGCAAAUACCAUACAAAGAUAUAUAAUUGGAUAUUUAUAUACACUGUAUAAAUAUGUGCGCACACACUUACAGACAGAAAAAACUGUGUGUGUGUGUGUGUGUGCGUGUGAGAGAGAGAGAGAGAGAGAGAGAGAGAGAGAGAGAGAGAGAGAGAGAGAGAGAGAGAGAGAGAGAGAGAGAGAGAGAGAGAAAAGAGAUUGAAAGAGAGAGACAUUGAGAAUGAGAUUGAACAAGUUGAUAAACUCCUAUUUUGUCUUGUAAAAUAGAUUCUAUAUACUGUAUAUAAGCUUAUCUGGUGCUCAUAUUGGUGCCCUGAUGUAUUUGACAUGCAAUGCAUAGAUAAAGAAUGACAUUAGGAGCUGUCGUCACAUGUGCUGUUUGCAGGUUUACGUUCAUUGUUAUUUUUUUUAAUCUUCUGCAUACGCAACUCUCACCAGUUCACUGUCUCGGUCAAUAGAAGCUAAAAGGGAGGUGAUGUGGGAAGAUGGGUUUCAAUGGAUCUUGAUCAUUGCUUUAAGAUAGAGUAUGUAUAUUUUUGGUAGUUUAUUUCCAGAAUGCAUGCUACUCAUUCACACGUUAUCUUUUUCAUGACUACUAUUUCCACCACCAUCAAUUUCUAAGUAUUCAUUACAACUGUGAAAAUGAAACUUUUCAUCCAUCAACAGGUGCUGGAACUUCUCGACAUUUGUCAUUUUGAAUUUCCAGUUGUAGACAUCUUUACCUGAAACACUUACUAAACUUAAAUAUUUACGAAAAGAUCAAAUUUGGGAAUGGGCAGCAUUAUUACAAUGAGCAGCAUAGUUGGCAUAGAUAGCCACCAUCCUCUAACUUUAAGUAAGUGAUCAUUAUUAUCAUCAUUAUCCUUUGUGCAGCUAUUCCGUAGUUUUAGUCAUCGGUGCGCUCAAACGUUGGGUGCGUCUGUGUAACAUUGUGCAUUAAACUUUUUAGUGAGGAGAACAAGCAAGAGAUUGCUGAGUCUCAGUAAACACAAGCUUUGCAGGUAUGACUGUACAACUCUGGAAGCAACUGUGAAAUCUCAGCCUUGAUUUCUCUCAUUAGUCUCUCACUACAGCUGUUCUUUUCCUUCCAUUACUUCUCCUCGUGAUCCUGGACUGACAUAUUGAUUUAAUGUCAUCAUACUGGGCUUCUGGCUGCUCAAAAAAAAAACCACACGGACCACCUCUUAAUGAUCAGAUACCCACGUCUUGCAUUGUUAUUUUUGUACA